CAGCACGGAGGGGGGAAGUGGUGCUUGUGAGUGGUGGGCGCAGCAUGGCGGAGCUGGAGGGCCCCGAGUUUGGCAAGGCUGACUUUGUCCUGCUGGAUGAAGUCACCAUGGAGCACUUCAUGGAGAACCUGCGCCUGCGGUUCUCAAAGGGCCGUAUCUACACCUACAUCGGAGAGGUGGUGGUGGCCAUGAAUCCAUACCGGGCUCUGGAGCUGUACGGCCCCUCUGCGGUGGAGCAGUACCGGGGCCGUGAGCUCUACGAGCGCCCACCGCACCUCUUCGCCUUGGCUGAUGCUGCCUACAAGGCCAUGAAGCGCCGUGCCAAGGACACCUGCAUCGUCAUCUCAGGUGAGAGCGGGGCUGGCAAGACGGAGGCCAGCAAGUACAUCAUGCAGUACAUCGCAGCCAUCACCAAUCCAACGCAGCGUGCCGAGGUGGAGAGGGUGAAAAAUGUGCUGCUGAAGUCCAACUGCGUCCUGGAGGCCUUUGGCAAUGCCAAGACCAAUCGCAAUGACAACUCGAGCCGCUUCGGCAAAUACAUGGACAUCAACUUUGACUUCAAGGGAGACCCCACCGGUGGCCACAUCUACAAUUACCUCCUGGAGAAGUCCCGAGUCCUCCAGCAGCAGCCAGGAGAGAGGAACUUCCAUUCCUUCUACCAGCUGCUGCUGGGAGCCCCUGAGGCACUGCUGGCCUCACUGCACCUCCAGCGGGAUCCCACUGCAUACUGCUACACCCAGCAGGGCACCCAGGGCAGCGCUGACAGUGAUGAUGCGCGUGGCUACCGGGCGGUGGAGGAGGCGAUGGCAGUCAUUGGCUUCACCCCAGAGGAGGUGGGCGCUGUGCGACGCAUCCUAGCAGCCAUCCUGCACCUGGGCAACGUGAGGUUCGUGGCAGACGGUGAGGUGGCGGUGCUGGAGGCAGUGGAGCAGCUGGCUGUGCUGGCCCAGCUGACAGGAACAACACCGGAGCAGCUCCGCCAGGCACUGCUGGCCCGCACUGUGGCCACGGGAGGUGGGGAGCUCAUCACGAAGGGUCACAGCCCCACCGAGGCCGCCUAUGGCAGGGAUGCCUGUGCCAAGGCCAUCUACGAGCGGCUCUUUGGAUGGAUCGUAGGGCGCAUCAAUGCCAGCAUCACCGCACGUGGCUACGAUGUCCGGCAGCAUGGCAAGAGCACCGUCAUCGGAGUCCUGGACAUCUACGGCUUCGAGAUCUUUGAUACCAACAGCUUCGAACAGUUCUGCAUCAACUACUGCAACGAGAAGCUGCAGCAGCUUUUCAUCGAGCUCAUCCUGAGGCAGGAGCAGGCGGAGUACCAGCGCGAGGGCAUCACCUGGCAGAACAUUGAGUACUUCAGCAACGAGCCUAUCGUGGAGCUGGUGGAGCAGCCGCACCGUGGCAUCCUGGCGCUGCUGGAUGAGGCCUGCUUGGCUGUGGGGACCGUCACUGAUGCCCUCUUCCUGGCCAACAUGGAUGCCCGCCUGGGCCAUCACCCACACUACAGCAGCCGCAAGCUCUGCCCCAGCGACAAGACCAUGGAGUUUGACCGUGACUUCCGCAUCAAGCAUUACGCCGGAGAUGUCACGUACUCCGUGGAAGGUUUCCUGGACAAGAACAAGGACACACUAUUCCAGGACUUCAAACGGCUCCUCUACAACAGCAUGGACCCUGUGCUGCAUGCCAUGUGGCCCGAUGGUGAGCAGAGCAUCACUGAGGUCACCAAGCGCCCACUGACCGCCGCCACGCUCUUCAAGAACUCCAUUGUGGCCCUGGUGGAAAACCUUGCUUCCAAGGAGCCAUACUAUGUGCGCUGCAUCAAGCCUAAUGACCAGAAGUCUCCAGUGCUGUUUGACGAGGAGCGGUGCCGGCACCAGGUCGCCUAUCUGGGGCUGUUAGAGAACGUGCGUGUGCGCCGUGCCGGCUUCGCCUACCGCCAGCCCUACGACCGCUUCCUGCAGAGGUACAAGAUGACGUGUGAAUACACGUGGCCCAACCACCUGAUGGCCACUGACCGUGAGGCCACGCAGACCCUUAUGGAGCAGCAUGGCUUCCAGGAUGAUGUGGCUUAUGGCCACACCAAAGUCUUCAUCCGCACGCCCCGCACUCUCUUCUGCCUUGAGCAGGAGCGGGCGCAGCUCAUCCCCAUUAUUGUCCUGCUUCUGCAAAAGGCUUGGCGUGGAGCCCUGGCCCGGCGACGGUGCCGGUACCUGCGUGCUGCCUAUGCCAUCAUGGGCUACUACAAGCGGCACAAGGUGAAGGCAUACCUGCUGGAGCUGAUACGGCGCUUCCAGGGCGUGCGCUCCAUGCCCGACUUUGGCAAGAGCCUGGCGUGGCCGGAGCCGCCGGCUGUGCUGGGCCGCUUCCAGGAGAACAGCCAGCAUCUCUUCCGCAGGUGGCGAGCGCGGCAGAUCGUUAAGAACAUCCCUCCCUCUGACAUGGCGCAGAUCCGGGCCAAGGUGGCCGCCAUGGGGGUUCUGCAUGGGCUGCGGAAGGACUGGGGGUGCCAGAGGGGCUGGGUGCGCGACUACCUGUCCUCGGCCAGCGAGAACCCAGGCUUGGCGCUGCCCUUCGCCCACCGCGUGCAGGCUCUACGUGACAAGGUGCACUUUGGCACUGUCCUCUUUUCCAGCCAUGUCCGCAAGAUCAACCGCUUCAACAAGAGCCGGGACCGUGCCAUCCUGAUCACUGACCAGCACCUCUACAAGUUGGAGCCCCGGAAGCAGUACCGAGUGAUGCGGGAGCUGCCUCUCAGCAUGGUGACGGGGCUGAGUGUGACGAGCUGCCGGGCGCAGCUGGUGGUCUUCCACACGCAGAACCACGAUGACCUGGCUGUCUGCCUACACAAGACACAGCCUCGGGGGGAUGAGCGGGUGGGCGAGCUGGUGGGCGUCCUGCUGGAGCACUGCCGAACGACCAAGCGGGAGCUGCAGGUCCAGGUCUCCGAUCGCAUCCAGCUGAGCCUGCGUGGGCGCAAGAGAUUGCUGACUGUGGAAACUCAGCCUGAUGUGGCUGCUCCUGAUUUCCGCAAGAGUCGCGAUGGUUUUGUGCUCUACUGGCCUGGGAGCUGAGGGGGGUGGACGUCGUGUCCCCCACUGCUGCCACCAGUGCUGUGGUGACAGGGGACAGCUGUGUCCUGCAUCCCUGCCCCAUGCCCUGCCCCUCUAGGUCUGCCCAGGACUCUGCCUGGGUGUAUCCACUGCAGCCCCACAGCAGCCCCAGGGCUGGCAUCACCCCCAUCCCAGCAUCCUCCCAUCCCCCUUGCAAGGUAAUGCUGAAACCUUUGUGUGCACUGAGAAUAAAGAGCUGGUGGCAGUG